AUCAUCGCGCCGGGGGCGGCUGCGGUUUCCUGGAUCCUCCUCCCUCGGCUCUUCCCUCCGCAGGACGCCGGGCCGGAGGCAGGCGCGGGAGCCGUGGCCGGGACCGGAGCCGGCAGCCGCGGAGGCUCCAGCGGGCGGGAGCCGCCGCAGGGCUCUCCCAUGGACUCCAGCAAGAAGGUGGAUUUGAAGAUAAUCAUCAUAGGAUCCCUGGGCGUGGGCAAGACCUCCCUCCUGCACCAGUACGUGCACAAGACCUUCUACGAGGACUACCGCACCACGCUGGGCGCCAGCAUCCUCACCAAAGUCAUCGCCGUGGAUAACACCCCGCUGAAGCUGCAGAUCUGGGACACGGGGGGACAGGAACGGUUCCGGUCCAUGGUGUCAACCUUCUACAAAGGCUCGGACGGCUGCAUGCUGGCAUUCGACGUGACCGACAGGGAGUCCUUCGAGUCCCUAGGGAACUGGAGAGAUGACUUCCUGGAGAAGAUCAUCCCCAGGGAGCAAGACUUCCCCAUGGUCGUGCUGGGAAAUAAAAUAGACCUCUGCGACCGGCAGGUGUCCGAGGAGAUCGCUUCCUCCUGGUGCAAAGAAAAAGACAUCCCCUACUUCGAAGUCAGCGCCAAGAACAACAUCAAUGUGGCGCAGGCUUUCGAGACCCUUGCAAAGCAGGCCUUAACCACGUACAAAGGGAUUCUUGAGAGCUAUUUAACAGACUCCAUCAAGCUCACGCCCGACGACAAGCCCCGGAGGAGCUGCUGCUGAGCCCGGACGGGCUGCGGCGCUGCCGCCGGCUGCCCGGCCCGAGCGUCGCCCGC